CCCGCCGGCCUGCGGGCGCCCGCACCAUGGCAGCCGAGGGACCUGGCCUCCGCGCCCGGCUCUGGGCGGCGACGCUGCUCCUGCUCGCUCUGCCGCGCCUCUCUGUGCGGGCGGAUGGGAAGCUCUUUGUGUUGGAGUCUCAGAAUGGCUCUCAGGGCCUGGAACUGGAGGCGGCUCGGCUUUCCUGCAAGAACAGGGAUGCUCGCCUGGUGUCUGCGGAUGAGCUGCGGAGAGUGGUCCAGGAUUGCACUUUCGCGGUGUGCACCACGGGCUGGCUGGCCGACGGCAGGCUCGGGACAACCGUGUGUAGCAAGGGGAGUGGGGAACAGCAAAGCUUGAGGGCUGUUGACGUGAGAAUUGACAGUACCCCUGUUCCUGGCGGCACAUACAAUGCCCUUUGCAUUAAGGAUGAAGAGAAGCCGUGCGGAGACCCGCCUUCGUUCCCACACACCAUCCUGCAGGGACGCACCGGCUUGGAGAUGGGGGAUGAGCUGCUGUAUGUGUGUGCCCCGGGCCACGUCACGGGCCAUCGAGAAACCGCCUUCACCUUGCUGUGUAACAGCUGUGGGGAGUGGUACGGCCAGGUGCAGGCCUGCGGGAAAGAUGAGGCUGAGGCACACAUUGACUAUGAAGAUAAUUUCCCUGAUGACAGAUCCGUGUCAUUCAGAGAGCUCAUGGAGGACUCCCGGACAGAGGCGGAGAAGGAUGGGCGUCAGGGAGAGGCCUCUGAGGAGGCUCCGAAGCAGGACCGUCUGGUCUCCAUUUCUGUGAGGAGAGAAAACAUAGCCCGGGAUACAGCCUUUGUGCCAACUGCAGGCUUGCCCAGUGCUGGGAGCAGUGUCCCCACAGACCUGCCAGGAUCCCAACUAAACCAGAAGUACUUGUUCUGGUUUCCUGGUGAGACCUUCCACAAGCCUGAAUUGGAAAAGGAGAUAGAUGAUGACACCAAAAAGCAGUUUCCUGCUGGAGACCACAGUGGGAUAACAUUGGCUCCGGGUGAACCUGAAACCAAGGUGAUCUAUAGCAGCACUGAUGGUCCCUCAGUGCCAUUUGUGGGCAGCAAUGACAGCAAGGCAGGGGAUCCAAUGGUGAGCAGCAGCGAUGGGUCCUGGUUAGAUGGCUACCCUGUGACCGAUGGGGCUUGGAGGAAGACAGAAGCAGAAGAGGCAGAAGAGGAGGAAGAUGGGGAUAAGGGGGACGGGUCAGUAGGACUGGAAGAAAGUAUUCUAGUUACUCCCAAUCAGCCCAUUCUUGUGAAAGUUAAGAAGCCCAGAAGUACCACCCUCAUACCAAGUGAGGACAUGACCCGUAGUUCAGUUGUCCUAUCUCAAACACUAGAUGUAGAAGCUUUGGCUCUCAGACCCAUGAAUGUGUCUGAAACUGAGGGUCCCAGCAAGGGGGAUGGUGACUUGACCACCAAGUACCAGUCAACUGUUCCUUGGAGAUUUGCCACAGAGAAGCCUCCCGUGGUUACCCUACCUUAUGAACUCACCAGCUCUACCCUGGAGACUGUAACAACUGCUGUCCAGAAGAUGCCUAACCACAUUCCCUCAACUGCUAUGGCGGCCACCCAGACUCCCAUGGAAACCACUGCUCCUGAGGUCCAGGAUAGCUUCCCAUACCUACUGUCUGAGGACUUCUUGGGACAAGAAGGCCCCGGCCCAGGUGCCAGUGAGGAGCUUCUUCCAACCUUGGAGCCGUGUGUAGGGGAUGAGUGUCCCAGCCUCAGCAGAGGCCCCGUCAUCGCCACGGUUGUCACUGUCCUGUGCCUGUUGUUGCUCCUGGCAGGUGUGGGAGCAGUGUGGGGCUACCGCAGGUGCCAGCACAAGAGCUCCGUGUACAAGCUGAAUGUUGGCCAGCGGCAGGCUCGGCACUACCACCAGCAGAUUGAGAUGGAGAAAGUCUAGCCACCUUUGGAGUGGACUCUCUCAAAGCCACUUGGGAAGAAAAGAAACUGUGACACAUCACAUGGAUAAACACUGAUAAUUCACUAGAGCAUGAAACAGGUGGAGUAGGGCUCAUCUUUUUCUCAGGUGUUUGUUUUAUAGAUUGAGAAGUAUCUCUGGAGGCACCUGGCAGGGCAGGAAGGCUUUGGUGGCAUCAUCACGCACGUUAAUAUCUCCUCAACCAUCUGCCCUGGAAUGUAUUGCACUAAUCCCAGACCUGUGCUUGGGCCUUAACUCCAACGUCAGGUCAAAACUCACCUCUUGUUUCAUCAAACUAUUGUCUUCUUUUCCUUUUUUAAGAAAAAAAAAAAAUUACUGACUCCACGACCUGAAAUUUUUGAAAUAGGCUUGAUAAAUGGAGCAUUUGAGAGCAGUGUUAUUUAGGAUAUAGAUAUUUACUUGUUGGGAGUGGGAUACAGAAGAAUAAUGGGUUAUUUCCUUUUAAUCUUGUGAUGUUGCUGAGGGCAAAUGAGCCAAGAACCAGGACAUAGUCUAGAAGCUUUGAGAUUUCUCUUUGUUUGUUGAAACUGGAGAGAAUUUAAGACUGACAUUUUGUUGCAGGGGAAGUGAGGAGGGGCAGGACACACAUCCACCUCUGUUCCCUCCAUUCUGUGGGACAGCCCAUCAUUUUUUUAAAAACAAGGUUGGCUUUGUACUAGUAAGCACCAUUUCCUCUCGGAAGCAGUGGCCUAGUUGUCCUUGACCAGUCUGUGCCUAGGAAUGUCUUAGAAUUUUUGCCAGGACUAACAAAACUCAGUCCUUGGUUUCCUCUCUCAGGAUUAACCAUUUCUCUGAACUCCAGUAAGAGGGAAUGACAUGGGAGGAAAAAAAAUGUUUUAAGAGGGCCAAAGGAGUAGGAUAUCUAUGGGUACCUACUUGAUAGAGAAGCAGAUUAAUUAAAAAGGAAUAUGAAACCUGUGCCAAUCUAUUCUUUACUCUAUUUUGGCAAUUGUGAGCUCUAUGGAAACAGCAUGAGUCCAGGAUGGAUUCAUCCUGGCUACUGAGCAACCCAUUUCAUAGCAUCUAGAUCAGCUUAUGGUGACUCAGCAAGGCUUGUUUACAACAAUGGUCCUCAGAGUGCGGUCCUCAGACCAGUGCUCCAAUAUCACCUGGGAACUUGAUGGAGCUGCAAAUUCUCUGGUUCCACCCCAGACUUAAGAAGCAGAAACUCUGAGAGUUGGUCCCAGCUAUCGGUGUUCUAACUAGCCCUCCAGGUGAUUCUGAUGCACACUCGGGUUUGAGAACCAUUGGUUUAUGAUAACAUAAAUUUUGUGCUUUGAGGCCAACUGAAGUUCCAGUGGCACCGAAGAUGAGUAACACCUGUGGCUUGUCUUGCACGGAAAUCAGGCAUCACAAUGUGUACCUGAGGUAGCAUUUGAAGCUGCCGAAAUACCAUCUCCAAUGGUCUCCUGUGUAAUGGCACAGAAAAAAAACUCAUCAUAUUUUUCUGAAAUAGUUUUCAGCAGUAAAAAGUGAUGAAGGCAGUACAUUUAUUUUAAGACAGUCUAAGAGUCCAAGUGUUUUUUUGUAGCAUGAGAGAAAUCCUGAACUUUUUUACAAUGGAAAAAUUGUUGGUGAUGUUUUACCUAAGGAAAAAAAGAAUUCUCGCAAUAUGUUUUCUACCCUGCCACCUCUUUUUUGAUGCAAGCUUUGGAAAAAUAAUAGGCUAAGUAGCUAUAAAGUUGGUACAGCAAAAUCAAAGACCCCAGUCCCCGUUAGUCAGUAAAACGAAGGCCUAAAGGUACCAAAUGGAAUACCUAUGUGUCAGAUGAAAUCUAGAACAAUAGGAAUGAAAUGCUUUCUGCAUGUAGCCAAAGCAAAAUACAAAGAAUAAAAGCCAGAGACUGUAUAUAUUUAUAAAUUAGAUUCUUUUCUAAUCUAUUACAAGAUAACUUUUCUAUUUGUAACUAUAUAAAAUAACCUCCUUCUCAACAUUGGGAUUGUGUUAUCAACUAUUAUUAUGUAAUAACCCAAGAACAUUGACCUAAUACCAACACAAAAAUAGGUAUUAUUAAUACAAACGUAUUAAUAAAUUUAUUACAAAUACAUUAAUACAUAUAAAUGUAUUAUUUUAUAGACAUGAACUGCAAAAUAGACCCAACACAUCAGUUUUUAAAUUUUUAUUGAUUUGGUGUAAUCUAUGUUAAAAAUGCAUGUAGAAAGGGAAUGAUUAAAACACUGUAAACCUAAAUUGUAUGUCAUUAAGCAUGUUUUGAGACUGGUAAAUGUUUAAUAUUCAUGAAAAUUGGGUGGGGGGAUCCAGUAACACAAAGCUUCUGAGAUAUUUAAAAUAAAUAAAUAUUUCCCCAAAGAGUUGCUUAACGUAUUUUAUAUCUGGGCGUAUCAUGAUCGUCUUUUUUUUUUUUUUUUUUUGAAGGGUUCUCUAGUAAUCUUGAAAAUAGUGUCUUAAUACUUGCUAUAUCUAAGACGGCCCUCUCUAAGCCUAACUCUCAGGCAUGUUACCUCCUGCAGCAGGAUUUCAGGGAAGUCUCCAGAGCUCCUACUUUCUCCUCCCUCCCUCCCUCUUCCUCACCCCAACCAGAGACCACACCCCUCACCUCAACAAAAAGCCCAGGACCUUGCUAUUGCUACUCAAGGUGUGGUUCCUGGGCCAGCAGCACAGGCACCACCUGGACUCAGAAGUGCAGUGUCUCAGGCCCCACCCCAGACUUGCGGAUUCAGAUUCUGCAUUUAACAAAAGGCCCAGGUGAUGAGUCUGCAUGGUGAAGUUUGAGAAGCCCUCGCUAAGAGAUCAGAACUGAUUGCCUCCCUUCUCCUAACUGAUAGGACAAUCAAAGGAGUAAUUAAAGAGGGUUAGAUGUAGGGACUAGUCAUAAAAGUGUGGGGAGAGUUAACAGAACCAUCAAGGGCUGGUGGAGGGCUGUUUGUAAGCGGGCCAGAGCUUCGGCAAUAGGGAAGGCACUGUGGGACAGGAUCAUGGGUCUCGAGACCACAGCCACUGUCCAACUGUGGCCCAGAGGAGGCAGGGAUUUUAAAGACCUAGACCUCUUCUCUCACCUUGCAAUUUCUUGCCAGCACAUCCCACGGGUAACUGGAAGUCAGAGGUGAGGGAACCCAGAGAAUGUCGACCGUAGGGGUCAGGCCCCUGGGGCACAGGGCAGAGUGGAAAAGAGAUGUGGAGGGGCAAAUGGAGAAAUCCAACUCAGAGACCAUCAGCACCAACCCCGUCUGCCAUAUGUCCCUUUCUACCUCUGAACACCAGGCAUGACUCCUCCCAAGCCACCCAAUGUUGUAGACACUGUUGGUGCCUGCCCAGAUCGGCUUCACUGGGCAGGUGAACCCAUCCUCCAGCUGCCCUGUUGGCUGCUAAAAUGCUCACAAAUGUGUAAGUGUACCCUUCUCACCCAGAUUGACCUUGAUCUAGUGGGAGUUCCCUCACCCAGUAGUUAGGCCCACCAUCUAUGCUCCCAAGGCAGCUUGCAGCCAAGGACUAACCGACAGGAGCAUACAAAAAGCCAGCCUUCUUGCCUCAAGGUGGGGACAACUCUGUGGUGUAAUUCAUGCUCCGCAGCUCCUGUGGGAUCAGGCUGAGGCUGGUGUCCAAUGAGACCACACCCUUGCUGGCUCCUUCCUGCUUCCCUCACAGCCGUUCUCCUGAGAGUACUCCAUCCCUUGCACAAGGGUUUGCUUCAAGGGAUCUGGACCUAAGGCAUCCAUCAAUGUGCAAAUUCUUAUUCCCUACAGUGCCACUCCUCCUCAAUCCAAACUUUUCCACCAUAUCCUCUGGAAUUCUUGGGCUGACAUCAACAAAAUCCCUGUGUCCAUCUUUUCUUCAAACAGCUGAUGUUUGGACCUUCCAUCUCAUGGAUCUCUGUUUUGCCCUGAUUUGUUCCUCACUCUUUCCACCUGCCUCCUUCUACUCUUUUCUCUUUCUCCUUGCUUGCCUUCCAGUGACAUGCAUGGAGCACGGUAGCUGUUGACAGUCAUGCCUGAAGAUGUUUUUCAUCCUUGUUUGCAAUGGUAAAUAUUCUGCCACUUCUCAGACGUUGGCAGCGAGGGACCAGCUCAUCAGAUCCAAGUAAGCCCUGGAUUCCAAAUGUUUUUCCUAACUGGAUCCCAGAUCUCUGGAAGAUAACCACCCUGGGGAGAGAAAUGAGCCCAUAUCUCCUGAAAAGCCCUCGGCACACCCAUGGCCAGCAAGGGGCACCCCUGCUAUGGGAGAUCCGAGUCUUUGGGGUAGGGUUCUGCUUUGCUAGAUGAAUGUCAGAAAUCUCACUGACCUGAGAAAACUGAGUUCAUUGUAACGUGUCCUAGAAUGACUAGGGCUGGUUAAGAUGGUCCCAUCCAGUGGAUAGAGAAAGAAAGCAGUAAAGAAUAAGCAAAAUAAGACAUUUAAUGUGAUUUUUUUUAAAGUCUUUGUUUUUGAUGAUUUUCCAAGUUCCGAUUUCCCACAAGCAUGAGAUUGCACACACUGCAUUAGCCCAAGGUGGAAAAGACAUCAGCAACAACGUUUAUAGUUUGGCCUUCUGACCGCCACCCUAAAGUGGGCAAUAAAACUCUGGGAUCAAUCUCUCCUAUCUGUUGGCCAGAUUGCUUAAUUCCUUGCUAUUCUUUUCUGGAAAAUGAGGCACCAGUAUCUUACCCUAUCAGCCCCAAGAGGAUAGUGAGCCAACUCACUCAUUCACUCAACGAGCCACCAAAGCCAGAUAUUUGAGGGGUGGGGGGCAGUUAGGUGCUAGGGUAUGGUAGCUCACAUGCCGGCCCUAGAGAAAAGCACUCUACUACGCUAUAUCCCACAGCCAUGCCUGACUCUUACCUCGGGGGUAGGAGUGGUCAGUCAAGGCAAAGCUGGGCUGUCAUGGUGUCUUCCCGCUCAGGGAGAUGCCAUGGGGAUGGGGUGGGGAACAGCCUUGCCCCGCCUGAAGGCACAGGAAGUCCAAUGCACAAAACCUUUGGCUGAGGCUUAUUUAAGGUUCCUUUCCUUUUUCUCCCCCCCUUGUACAUAGUUUAAACUCUCCACACUAGGUCAUUCAGGCCUGGAGUCCCCAGAAAAAAGAAGUUGCUGUUUGGGGGAUGGCAGAUGCUCAAGAGUUCAGACAGCUGCGAUGAAGGAUUAGUUGUGGGUUUUCUCAGUGCUUCGCUACAAACUCUGUUGCAGUUCCAUGUGCAAACACUAUUAAAUGAGAAUGUUUUCUCUGGCACCCAUCCACCUUCUCCCAACAGUUUAAGUAUUGAAUUUUUUAAAAACUGAAGUAGCUUAGGUUUACGGCUCACAUUGAAAACUUAAAAACGUUAUUUCCAUAAAUGUUGGCAGAAACCCGCCACUGUUUAUUCCACCAGCAGUCAUAAUAAACCCUUUCCCAUUGACAAUCUAACAAAUCAUUUUCUGUUUGCCACUGAGUUUCUGUUCAAUAAAAUUUUUGUGCUCUUAAAAUUCCCUUAGUAAGAACUAAAAGCAACAUUUCCUAAGGCGGCCUUUGUGGUCAACGUACCCAGUGGUUCUCCUGGAUCCCGGAGGUGAGCACAACAGGCUGGUGGCUGUAAUUAGAAAGUCUCAAAACUCAGAAAGACAUUAGUAUGUUGAAUACGUUGGUAUGUGCGAAAUUUCAGUCAGUCACUUUUAAACCUGUGUACGUACAAACCUCUCCUCAGCCCUUCAAGGCUAAUGUAGUCUGAAUAUUAACAGGGGCUGCAAGGGGUGGCCUUUAGACCCUUCCCAGUGGUGCCCCCUGCCUGGGUUGCCUGAGUGGCACUGGAGCUGGACAGAUGCCCCCCAUCCCUGUGGUAGACAGCCUCCCUGGGUGGACCAGCCUGAGGAAAGCACAGCAACUGUAGGGCUCCAUGCCGUGGGUCAGAGGGCAAGCAGGCCAUCUUAGGCUGGGUCUGGAAACUCCCACAAAGCUUACAAAUGUGUUUGUUUUUUCAAAAGACAGGCUAGGCUGAUACUGAACCCAUGAGGUCUCAAUCCAGGCAUUCUCUAGGCUCCUCCAAGAAACACGCUCAGGGAGGGAGGUGCUGGGUUGAGGUCACUGAGCGCAGCCUGAACACUGGGGUUUCAUGGUAGGUUUGGAGGAAUUGGAUCCCCUUUUUUUCUUUUUGAAAGGUUGCUUUGGUUUCCUUUGAAAUAAAAAAUUUAGUAACUCAGAUCCACAGCCUUCUCAAAGAAAAAUGCUGACCAUGUUGAUCAUACUGUCCCCACUGUUUCUUCCUCAGGGGACAUUGCUAGGAUGGGGGUGGAGGUGCUUUUCAAUCCCCAGUGCAAAGAGGCCAGCUUCAGAGAGUGAAUGAGGAUGCCCCCUACCACCACCACUCAAUCCUGUGUGGAAAGUCAUCCACCAAAAGCUCACCCCAGGCUCAGAGGAAGAGGACCAAAUGGAAGCUCUGCAGGCACAGAGGUGGAGUGAGUCAGACCGCCCAACCCAGCCUGGUCCCCAUGGUGGUCUCCUUGCAUUUUCUUGCACAGCUAGGAAGGACAACUGCAGCCAGGAGCUAUGAGGAGAGUUAAACAGCUGCUGAGUGCACUACCUCCACUGACUCAGGAAUCCUAGGGCAGGGCGUCCCCUCCCUGGGUCCCCUUCUACUUUAUGGUCCUGCCCUAUGACCCUCUUCCCCACUGAUUUCAAAAGGAAGUUUCUCUGGUGAAACAGAGGGUGGGGUGAGGGAAGAAAGGAGGACCCAGGAUUCCAGGGGCAGAAGCCAUAUAGGAUCUGAGUCAUCACUGGGCUGGAGGGUGCUCUGAUUGGGAAGCUGCUGUGGACACAAGCGCAGCCAUCAAUAAUGCCAAUAACACUGACUCCUUUGACCACACAGCCCCCUGGGAGUGCAGACUCAGCUGACAUGGGCAAAUUCAGUCAAAGCCAUAGGAGUAGCUUAUUGUCUUGAGUUGGGUACCCUAGAAGGAGAACUUGACAUGAGGAUUCUUGUGCAGAUAAAAGAGGAAGUUCUCUCAAGAGAGAGGGGAUGAGGGAAGCAGGGUAGUGCAGGAGAAAUAGGAUACAUCUGAGACCCGAGGUUGGAAUAGUGAGAUGGGGAGAAAAGAAAGCCUGGAAAAGCAAAAACAUGUGAGUUUUCCACCCCCAAUUAAUCAUCAUUACACUAAAGACCCAAAAUUCUAUCUCCUUUCAUUCCUUUCCAUGCCAUUGUGGGACAAGUCCUGUCUCCCAAAUGCUGUGCCAGUCUCCUCCAUCUUCCUUUCCUGGAGGGUCCCAGCUAGACUAAGUGCCCUAUUGGAGGGAACAAGGUUGAAUAAAGAAAGCUCAGAUUUCAAAACACCACCCCUUCUGGUUUUCUCCCACCUCAAAGGUGGCUCCCUCUCAGUCUCUUUGGUGGGUUUCUCGUUUCCCA